AGCCCGCUGCGGAGGUGAGUGCAGGGCUCCGGGCGCCGUGGGCCGUGCCCUGUCCCACAGGCUCUGGGUAUGGCUGAGACGCACUCCCACCCUAGGUGCAGCUGGGUCUCCAGUGGCCUACGCUGCCAGGAGGCCCAGGCUGGGAGAGGGAGCAGGGCGGCGUUCCGGGGUGCUCUUCCGCGCUCCUCAACUCCAGCUUUGGUCUUCGUGGCUCAGUAGGUUGCGCCCAUUGGAAGGGGAAACCCGUGUUGCUGUCCCAGCCACGAGGCCCCGAGCAUUUAGCACUUGAUCAGCUGGGGGAAGAUGUGUCGGUGCAGCUAAAGGGUGGAAUAUUUGUGGGCAUGAAGCGGCCCGAGGUGAUACCACAAGUCGUUUGACAUGCUGAGGUCUGGCAGGAACAUUAACCUAUGUGCAUCCCAAGUAUGGACUCUGUGCUCCCAGGCUCCUGACAUAGGGUCAAGAAUUAGGGCCGCGUGGGAGCGCAGAGCCCCUCCCAGUCACCCGGCAGCAGAAGCCCGGCUUUUGGAGGACACUGUCUCCUGGAGCAGUGUCGGCCCUAAAAGCUCCAGUCCUUCUCUGAGAGGGGGACCAGAGAAUGGCAGCCAUGCACCUGACAGCCUGGUCCCAGGGACUUCACGGAUCCCCUGAAGCUCAUCCAUGGACUUCCAUGGACUACAGGGCCUGAGCCAUGGAAUUGGCCCUAGGGCAGCAGGAACCUGUUGUUUCAGAAGUUGGUGACCUUUGAGGACGUGGCUGUGUACUUCACCCAGGCGGAAUGGGAUGGUCUGUCCCCUGCACAGAGGACCCUGUACAGGGAUGUGAUGCUGGAGAACUAUGGGAAUGUGGCCUCCCUGGGAUUUCCACUUCUCAAACCUGCUGUGAUCUCACAACUGGAGGGAGGAGGUGAGCUGGGGGGCCCAUCUCCACUGGCUGCAGGAACAGGCCUCUGGGGCCUCCGGACUGAUAUUCAGACUGACAAUGAUUUGACAAAGGAAAUGUAUGAAGGAAAAGAGAAGGUAUCAUUUGAACUUCAAAGGGACUUUUCCCAGGAAACAGACUUUUCAGAAGCCUCUCUUCUAGAGAAACAACAGGAAGUCUACUCAACAGGAAAUACAAAGAAGGAGAAGAGCGACAGCAUUGAUGGAACAGUGAAAGAUGAGACAAGCCCCAUGGAGGAGUGUUUUUUUAGUCAAAGUUCUAACUCAUAUCAGUGUCAUACCAUCAGGGGAGAGCAGCCCUCUGGGUGUACAGGAUUGGGGAAAGCCAUCAGCUUUGAUACAAAACUCGUUAAGCAUGAAAUAAUUAAUUCUGAGGAAAGACCUUUCAAAUGUGAAGAAUUAGUGGAGCCCUUUAGGUGUGACUCUCAACUUAAUCAACAUCAAGAAAACAACACUGAGGAAAAGGCUUAUCAGUGUUCGGAGUGUGGCAAAGCUUUCAGCAUUAACGAGAAAUUAAUUUGGCAUCGAAGACUUCACAGUGGGGAGAAACCCUUCAAAUGUGUGGAGUGUGGGAAAAGCUUCAGCUACAGUUCCCAUUAUAUCACACAUCAGACAAUCCACAGUGGGGAGAAGCCCUAUCAGUGUAAGGUGUGUGGGAAGGCCUUCAGUGUUAAUGGAAGUCUAAGUAGGCAUCAGAGAAUCCAUACGGGAGAAAAGCCCUAUCAGUGCAAGGAGUGUGGAAAUGGCUUCAGCUGUAGUUCUGCAUAUAUUACACAUCAGAGAGUCCACACUGGGGAGAAACCUUACGAGUGUAAUGACUGUGGGAAAGCUUUCAAUGUUAAUGCAAAAUUAAUUCAGCAUCAGAGAAUCCACACUGGAGAGAAGCCUUAUGAAUGUAAUGAAUGUGGAAAAGGCUUCAGGUGCAGCUCCCAGCUUAGGCAGCAUCGGAGCAUCCACACAGGAGAAAAGCCCUGUCAGUGUAAAGAGUGUGGAAAAGGCUUCAAUAAUAAUACAAAACUCAUUCAGCAUCAGAGAAUCCACACAGGUGAGAAACCCUAUGAAUGCACUGAAUGUGGAAAAACCUUCAGUGUCAAAGGGAAGUUAAUCCAACACCAGAGAAUUCACACAGGCGAGAAACCCUAUGAGUGUAAUGAAUGUGGGAAGGCCUUCAGGUGUAACUCCCAAUUUCGGCAGCAUCUGAGAAUUCACACUGGGGAGAAGCCCUAUGAGUGUAAUGAGUGUGGAAAGGCCUUCAGCGUUAAUGGGAAACUAAUGCGGCAUCAGAGAAUUCACACUGGGGAGAAACCUUUUGAAUGUAAUGAAUGUGGGAGAUGCUUUACUUCUAAAAGAAACCUACUUGAUCAUCACCGAAUCCAUACUGGAGAAAAGCCCUAUCAAUGUAAGGAAUGUGGGAAAGCCUUCAGUAUCAAUGCCAAACUAACUAGGCAUCAGAGGAUACAUACUGGGGAGAAACCUUUCAAAUGUAUGGAAUGUGAGAAAGCGUUCAGCUGUAGUUCUAACUACAUUGUGCAUCAGAGAAUUCACACUGGAGAGAAACCCUUUCAGUGUAAGGAGUGUGGAAAAGCCUUCCAUGUUAAUGCCCAUUUAAUUCGGCAUCAGAGAAGCCACACUGGGGAGAAACCCUUCAGAUGUGUGGAAUGUGGCAAAGGCUUCAGCUUUAGUUCUGACUACAUUAUACAUCAGACAGUCCACACUUGGAAGAAACCGUAUAUGUGUAGUGUGUGUGGGAAAGCAUUCAGGUUUAGCUUCCAGCUCAGUCAGCAUCAGAGUGUCCAUAGUGAAGGAAAAUCCUAAUAAUGAGAAAGAUGUAGAAAACUCUCAAGAUUAAUGCCAAAAUGGAUCAAGUAUCAUCAGAUUCGCCCAUUGAAAAACCCCCAAGAGGGAAAGAGUAUGGCAGAGUCUUCAUAUGGAAACAGUUUUUAUUCUGUUCAAUUUUUAAUCAGGAAAGGAUGACCACUUAAAGAGAAACAUCCAAGAAUAAAUAGCUUUGUUUUGUACUAACAGGAAUUAGAAAAUAUAAUGAAGGAAAAGAUUUCAUUCCCAGCAGCAUCAAGAAAAGUAGAUUUUCUAGAAAUAAACAGUUAUGGAAGACUUGUAUGGAGAAAUUUAAGUCUUCACUGAGAGCCACUUUAGAAAGGAAAUUUGAAUAAAUGGAGAGAGAGAGAAGCCUUGUUGUUGGAUAGGAAAACCCAUACUAAAGAUACUCACUCUACCCACAUUAAUUUAUUUGUUUAAUUUUUGACAACAAGCAUGUAUUACUUUUGAAAAGAUGAAAAAUAAAGAUUUAUUUAAAAAAGGAAAAA